AGUGCCUGUAUGUGUGUGAGUGUGAGAGAAUGUGUGCGUGCAUGUGUGUGUGAGUGUGUGUGCGCGCGCGCGUGUGUGUGCGCCUCCGAGUCCCUGGGAGAGUGGAGGCUCAUUCACUGAUUAGAGCCAGCGCUGAGAGGCAGCACUGCUCUUCUCUCACACCAACCGAGUCUCUUGAUCUGUACAUGCAAUCCCAGGCAGCUCGCGAGCACAAACCCGGGGCCAGCCGCCUGCUGCUGCUGCUGCCGCUGCCGCCGCCACCGCCGCCGCUGCCCCCGCCGGCUCUGCGCACCCGGGACUUUUCAUGCACCACACUCUCCGUCUUCUUACCUCGGUGUCCUGAAAAGUGCGCCCGUUCUCCCCAGGAAUUUCCAAGGUCUUCGAAGGGCAUGAUUCCCCAGUAAUAAUCCUCAUCCUGAUCCAAGGUGCAGGUUGGCCUCCCUCCCAGGGAAGACUGCUUCUUGUGUGAUACCGGCCAUCGAAAGAGACUCCGAUGGACUUACACCGGGCAGCCUUCAAGAUGGAGAACUCAUCCUAUCUUCCCAACCCUCUGGCAUCCCCAGCACUGAUGGUCUUGGCGUCCACUGCUGAGGCCAGCAGGGAUGCCUCCAUCCCUUGUCAGCAGCCACGACCCUUUGGUGUACCUGUCUCAGUAGAUAAGGACGUUCAUAUUCCCUUCACUAACGGCUCCUAUACCUUUGCCUCUAUGUACCACCGGCAAGGUGGGGUGCCAGGCACUUUUGCCAAUCGUGAUUUCCCCCCUUCCUUACUACACCUCCACCCCCAGUUUGCUCCCCCAAAUCUAGAUUGUACCCCAAUCAGUAUGCUAAAUCACAGUGGUGUGGGGGCAUUCCGUCCCUUCGCUUCCACGGAGGACAGGGAGAGCUAUCAGUCAGCCUUUACACCAGCCAAGAGACUCAAGAACUGUCAUGACACAGAGUCUCCCCACCUGCGCUUCUCAGAUGCAGAUGGCAAGGAAUAUGACUUUGGGACACAGCUGCCAUCCAGCUCCCCAGGUUCACUUAAGGUUGAUGAUACUGGAAAGAAGAUUUUUGCUGUGUCUGGCCUCAUCUCUGACCGGGAAACCUCUUCGAGUCCAGAGGAUCGGAAUGACAGAUGUAAGAAGAAAGCAGUAGCGUUGUUUGACAGCCAAGCCCCGAUCUGCCCCAUCUGCCAAGUUCUUCUGAGGCCCAGCGAGUUGCAGGAACAUAUGGAGCAGGAGCUGGAGCAGCUGGCCCAACUGCCUACCAGCAAAAAUUCCCUUCUGAAGGAUGCCAUGGCUCCGGGCACCCCCAAGUCCCUCCUGUUGUCUGCUUCCAUCAAGAGGGAAGGAGACUCUCCAACGGCUUCCCCACACUCUUCUGCCACUGAGGACCUGCACCACUCAGACAGAUACCAGACCUUCCUGCGAGUGCGAGCCAACCGGCAAACCCGACUGAAUGCUCGGAUUGGGAAAAUGAAACGGAGGAAGCAGGAUGAAGGGCAGAGGGAAGGCUCCUGCAUGGCUGAGGAUGAUGCCGUGGACAUCGAGCAUGAGAACAGCAACCGCUUUGAGGAGUAUGAGUGGUGUGGGCAGAAGCGGAUACGGGCCACCACACUCCUGGAAGGUGGCUUCCGAGGCUCCGGCUUCGUUAUGUGCAGUGGCAAGGAGAACCCAGACAGUGAUGCUGACCUGGAUGUGGAUGGAGAUGACACUCUGGAGUAUGGGAAACCACAAUACACGGAGGCUGAUGUCAUCCCGUGCACAGGAGAAGAGCCUGGUGAAGCCAAGGAGAGAGAGGCACUCCGGGGUGCAGUCCUAAAUGGUGGUCCCCCGAGCACCCGCAUCACGCCUGAGUUCUCUAAAUGGGCCAGUGAUGAGAUGCCCUCCACCAGCAAUGGUGAAAGCAGCAAGCAGGAGGCCAUGCAGAAGACCUGCAAGAACAGUGACAUUGAGAAAAUCACUGAAGAUUCCGCUGUAACUACAUUUGAGGCUCUAAAGGCUCGGGUCAGGGAGCUUGAACGGCAGCUAUCUCGGGGGGACCGAUACAAAUGCCUCAUCUGCAUGGACUCAUACUCGAUGCCUCUGACGUCAAUCCAGUGUUGGCAUGUGCACUGUGAAGAGUGUUGGCUGCGGACUCUGGGUGCCAAGAAGCUCUGCCCUCAGUGCAACACCAUCACAGCCCCUGGAGACCUGCGGAGGAUCUACUUAUGAGCUAGCUGUGCAGGCAGGCCUUGCCUCGAGCAACCCCCCUGCCCCAGCGUCUGUGACAGUGACUCCCCCUCUCCCCUUGUACAUACUUGCACACAGGUUCCCCAUGUACAUACAUGCACAUACACACCCAAAUACACAUAGAGGACUCUGGAGCCAGAGUGGAACAGCCCUGCCUGCUUGUUCCUUCUGAACUUGGGGACCAUGCCUCUUUGGGCUCUGUCUCCAGGGUUGGCAGGAAGGAGUUUGGGAAGUUCAGCAGGGCAGGGCUCCUGAGAUCCACCCCCUAGACUGACCGACUGACAGACACACAAACACCAGACUGAAGCACAUGUAAUAUAGACUGUGUAUGUUUACAAUGUUGUGUAUAAAUGGGACACUUUGCCCUCUACCACCUCCCCUUUGGUUGUAUGAUUUUCUUCUUUUUUAAUGACUCCUGGAAGCAGUGCCUCCUUCAGAGCUGGCUGGGAGCUCGGCCCAACCACCUCUUAGGGUGCCUGCCUCUGCUCUCCCAUGGCAUCCCUUCCCUCUCCCAUGUGCUCGGUGUUCAGUGGUGUCUAUUUCUUCUCCCGGACAUGGGGCAUAUGCCCCACGGGAUCUGAUCCCCUCCUUAGUCUUAGCUCAUGGGGCUCCUCAAGAGGAGCUGGGGGAGGGUGGAACGGACCGAGCAGGAACAGUCUGCAAUUGGGCUGUCUGGCGAGGGUGCCUGGCUGCCCAGCCUGCUGUUGAGAACAACCCCUGGGGGUAGAUGUGCUGCUCCCAAGGGGAGUGCUGGCUCCCUGCCCCUCCUGUGGGCCCUAUGGUGUGAUGCUGUGUCUGUAUAUUCUAUACAAAGGUACUUGUCCUUUCCCUUUGUAAACUACAUUUGACAUGGAUUAAAACAGUAUAAACCAG